GUCUUCCUGCCUGACUUUUGCGAUGAUAGCCAAUCAUGGCCAAUAGUGUCAGCUUUGGCAAAGUACAGAAUUUAGUUGUCAUUUGCACUGUUCACAUCUGAACGCAAACAACAUUUAAUAAGUAAAUAACCGCGGAGGGUCAUGACAGUUUAAAGUCAUUCGCCACCGUUAUCGUCAUCCGUUGGACAAGGGAUGGAAAAGAUGUGAACUGUACGUUUUUUUCAUCGGUUGCAAAACCUUCGAUUAUGUGUAAUGUCUUCUCAAAUAUUGGUAUCUCUCUGUGUGAUUCGCAUAGAAAUUGAAGAUCAAGAUUCACAAAAAAGUCCUGGUGCAAUGGCUGCUAGAAAAAUGCGAGGCUGCCGAGAGCCCAAGGAUGUAAAGGUUGAGAGCUAUGCGAGCAUUGUCGAAGGUCCGAGUCCACUUCUCUCGUCUCGUGGGCCAGGAAAAUCCAACUCAUCAUCCAGAGCCAAUUCUGAAGAAGCUCACAAUUCUGCCACUCCUGUUUCUGGGCCUGCCGAAGGUGAUGGAGCAGUGGCACGAACAUCCCCCGAUCAAAUAAAUUUCAUUUCUGGAAAUCCUUUUGUCGAAGUCACGAAGGGAAUUCUACACCUGUUCAAAGAGGACGAGUUGACUGAAAUGCAUCAGGCAGCAGAACGAAGUCACACCAUUUGUAUUUUGUCUGUACCAGCAACAAUGACGUGCCAUGAUCUGCUUACAUUUACUGCUGCCUGUCACCAGGACAUUCAACACUUUAGGAUUAUCAGAGAUGGUAGUCCCAAUCAAUACAUGGCUUUGCUGACGUUCCGAUCAGCUGUGGCAGCAAGUGAGUUUUACGAGACAUUUAACGGAGCUCCAUAUAAUUCUUUAGAACCUGAAAUUGUCUGUCACAUGGUGUUCGUCUCCCGGGUUGAAGUAGGAGAUGGCGGUUUGCCACUCGCAGGUCAUACAGAGCUACCAUCUUGUCCGGUCUGCCUGGAAAGAAUGGAUGAAAGCGUGGAUGGAAUUUUGACCAUAUUAUGCAACCACGCUUUUCACUCCAGCUGCUUGGUCAAAUGGGGUGAUACCUCGUGUCCAGUCUGUCGCUACGCACAGACUCCGGAACCCUUAGCUGACAGUCACUGUAUGGAAUGUGGUGCGUGCAGUGAUGCUCUUUGGAUUUGCCUGAUAUGCGGCCACGUUGGCUGUUCUCGAUAUCACCAAGGACAUGCUUUCGAACAUUACCGAGAUACGCACCAUUGCUAUGCAAUGCAGUUGGGAAACAAUCGCGUCUGGGACUACGUAGGAGAUAAUUUUGUCCACCGAUUGCUGCAGGAUAAAGAUGGUAAAAUGGUUGAAGGCAGUCGUGAAGGAGCCAAAAGUGAAGGAGCUGCCGUAGAUGAGAAAGUUGACUCUGUUCAACUAGAAUUCACGUAUUUACUCACAUCCCAGUUGGAAAGCCAGCGACAGUUCUUUGAGGAAAAACUCGGCCGACUGGAGCAACGCACAGUGAGCGAGAAUUCAGAACUGCGCGAGAAGCUGGGUCAAAUGUCUGACGAGAAUGUCAAGUUCAAGGAACAACUGAGUCUCGCAAUCAAAGAAAAGCAAUCAUUGGAAAAACGUCUGCACCAUUCGAGUACGAAGUUAACUCAGGCACUUUCUGAGCUGUCGGAAGAAAAGCAACUGAGCAAAGCACUUCAAACAAAUCUUUCCUCAUGGCAAACCAAGCAUAAGCAGUUACAAUUGGAGUUUAACCAAUACAAAGGAGCUCAGGAAUUAGAAAUGACUGAUUUACGAGAGCAGCUUAGAGAUGUGAUGUUCUUCUUUGAAGCUCAGAAACAGAUUGAAAACUCCGCUGACAAAGAGGAAAUUGCCAGUGGACGCAUAAUCAUUGGUCAAACUUCGAGUGCUCCAACCCCAGCCACUAACACUCGAACCACGCGAAAACAACAGAAAAAACAUUAAUGUGGUCUUUACUGCGGCCAGUGGGAUACCGAUGACAAAUUAAACUUCUAGGAUAAACAAAUGUUUCAAUUAUUGCGUUUUGAACGUAAAAAUAUCACAAUUAACGAAUCACACUGUAACGGUAAAAUAAUAACAAACAUUAAAUGGAAAAAACAUUAUCAGGAAAUGAAAUAGGAAAAAGCACGGUGUAAGAAUAAUAGGUGGUCCGACUGCCCUAUCCCCACAAUGCUAAGGCUUGUGAUUAUUUUAGCAUAAUUCGUUGCACGCCCACCAGACGGCUACGGAGCUGUAAGACCAUUGUAAACACUAAUAGCGGAACGCAGUGUUCGAAACAAAUCAAUAACAUAAUAUCUAUAAAGUAUAAAAAGAAACAUUAUUUAAAUAUGAGCAGGAGUUGUGUUUGUCACUGAUGGUCACAAGACGAAUGUGCGGAAAAUAUAUCUUUUCACCGUUCCCAAAACAAUUGAUCUAUACAGUAAAUGGAGAGAUACAAUUGCUCUUACUGGGAUAGUUUUAGAAAAGAAUCAAUACGUUUGCCAAAAAAAUUUCAACUCUGAUCAAAUACUGCUGUAAGCACAUAGAAUCUGAGAAUCGCUUUGUAUACGAAUCUACUGUGUCUGAUAUGAUACAGAACUACAGCUUUUCAUUUCCUUGCGAACAACACAAUGAUGAAAUUGUAUCAUACAUCAUGCACUACUAUAUGACUAUGAGAAUGCGACAAUGGGCGAAAAUUUAUUCUCAGGAUGUUCUAAAGCAGAGCUGUGAGGAGAGAAAAUUAUCUAGGUUGAUGAAAACUUAACGUUUAGCAGCUUGAAAUUCAUAGUGUUGAUGCAAUAGGAUACUCGGAAAAAGCAGUUUUUUUUACCCGAAUAUUGUUAGAAUUGCAAAAUAAGCGAAACACAAUGUUUUAACCAACCUCGAAAAUUACGUAGUGUGGUUUACUGUUUUCGAAAGGUUCGACUCCUCAAAAUUGAAACUUUUUUUGAUUAUUCUGUUGCGUCAAUGUGAUGAACCUCAACCUCAUAGGUUUAUUAUGACUUCUAUUUAUUUUAUAUUGCUUUAUAUGUUUCAUGUAUUUCAUAAUUUGAUAUUAUAUUCGUAUUUUAUGUUUUAGACUGCAACUUCUCAUAUUUUUGUAAAUAUGACACUCUCAUCUCAUGAUUAACCUUAAAUUACCCUCCUCUCUUUCGAACACUGCAUGCCGCCAUUAUUGUUUACACUGGUCUUACAGACCCGUAGCUGUCUGGUAGAGAAGUAUGGAAUUGCGCAAAAAUAAUCACAGCCUCCGAGCCGCAGCCGAACCACCUAUUAUUCUUAAACCGUGGGAAGAAGCAAUGCCAAUAGUCAAGAGAUGGAAUAAUACGAGUGACAUAGUACUAUGCAUAAUAAAUCGUACAAAAUAAGUAUAAAGUAUUUGAUAUAUAGACAUCAACAUUAUUUUCUUAUAUUCAACACUACGCAGUUUUAUUUUUAAAUUCUAAUUACCCAGCUUGUAUAGACUGUACCCCCUAUAAAUAAAUUGUUUUUUAAAGUA